UAUAAACAAGUCUGGCAGAAGAAGAAGAAGGGGGCAACAUUUGAUAUCGUACACCAAAUCUUGUGUUACACUAACCGCAGCCUGGACGCGCCUUUGUACAACUUUGUUUUCAUAAAGUCUGGAGAAAAACAUCUCAGACUAUUUGACAAUUUUGAAGUAGUUUCUUGUUAAAUAUUUUAGACUUGAGUUAUGGCUCUCUCGCAGAUACAGUGCCUGGAUGACAGCCACGUGAACCCGCGGACCCACGAGUCCAAACCUGACUUCUUUUACUGUGAAGACCAGCGGCUCGCGCUAGAGGCUUUGCUACGAGAUGGUCGCGAGGCGUUCUUUAAGUACCUGCAGUCUCGCGGCCUACGGGAUUUCCUCUCGGACCCGGAGCUGGAAACUCUUUCCGGUGGAGUUGAACCUUUUGACCCGGGCUCGGAGCUUUUCAUGGGGACAGUCGAAGAUGACCGGACGCCGCUUUCGCUGCAUUACUGGCCGGAGCUUUCGGACACAUCCGUCCCUCAACUGGACCUUGGCUGGCCCGACAGUGAUUCUUACCGGGGGGUGACGCGCACCUCGGUGUACACCCAGCCACCGCUGGACGGUCAGGCCCACAUAAAAGAGGUUGUCAGAAAAAUGAUUGCACAGGCGCAAAAGGUAAUAGCAGUGGUGAUGGAUGUCUUUACAGAUAUCGACAUUUUCAGAGAUUUACUCGAUGCUGGUUUCAAAAGGAAGGUGUCUGUUUACAUCCUGUUGGAGCGUGCUGGACUACCUCAUUUUCUUUCAAUGUGUCAAAGGGCAAACAUGCAUGCUGGACACCUCAAGCAUCUCCGUGUCUGCUGCUCUCAAGGCUCAGAGUUCUAUACUCGAUUCUGCACCAAGGUCAGAGGGCGAAUGGGGCACAGAUUCAUGUUCAUUGAUGGAGAUAAAGCUGUGUCUGGGUCAUACAGCUUCACUUGGAUGUCCUCACGACUGGAUAGAAAUCUCAUUACCGUGACUACGGGCCAGGCCGUGGAUGCGUUUGACCAACUGUUUCGCUUCCUUUACAUGACUUCCAGUUGUGUUGACCUCCAGCAAGUCGCUAUGGAACCAGAGCCUGAGCCAGAGCUCCGGCCGCAGAUACCCACUGUAGCGCCCACUUCUGCUGAUGUUGCUAGGAAACUAUUCAACCCCAAAUAUGCCCUGGUUGCCCUUACCAACCCCAGCCCCACCACCUCAAUUGGCCGCGAUACCCCCAAAGAGCCAGAAAUUGUAGAGAACUCCAAGAAGACAAGGCGAAAGAAAGCCAGUGUGGAGGCUAAACUGCCACUCCACCCUGGACUUACAAAUCUAGAGAAGGCAUGCUUAAUCACAUACCUGCCCACCUGGCCUGAACCUGACCCACCAAGUGAUGUGAUAGGGUUCAUUAACAUCCGAGAUGCCAGCAAACCAACUCAAGUGCAUCUGCAGCGCUCUGAGAUGUUUGAAACCAGCCAAGCAAUAAGGUUUAGCAGUCCAAUUAGCAGGCCUCAAGAAACUUUGCCAGAGGUUGCAAGACCCAGACAGCUAGCUGCUAAACAUGAGGAGGAGAAUAAACUCGAACAGAGUAAAUCCAAAGGUGAAGAGUUGGUGGAAGACCGAGCAAAGCCAGCACAACUCAGUGUGGUUCCUGAUGACAUCAAAAGUAAAGACAAGGCACUUGACCAGAAAUCCCCUCCAUGUCGACUAAAGUCUGAACCCAGCAAGGAUAAAACUAAUGCUCUCAAAACUGAGAAUAAGCUCUAUUCAAGCACAAAGCCUGGUGCAGGCCACAAUACAGAUUACCUCAAUGCACACACACUUCCCCAAUCCAGCUACAAAGCAUUCACACCUUUACAUACAACCCAAACUGUCUCCACAAACAGUCCUAAAUCCAACUCACACCUAAAAACAAACUCUAAAAAAGAAGCUGAAACUGUAGCAAGCUUAAAUAUAAAAAGUGCUGUUGUGAACAGAGCACACACCCUGGAGUCAAACAGCACACCAGCCUCUCACCAGCCUGACCCCGGUGACUCCAAGAACACAGACGACACACAAGAACAGACUCUGAUGUUGCAAAGAGAUUCACAAACCAAGGCUGUUAACAUGCAACCUGAUAUCUCUUCUGAAAUGACUCAUAACCUCAAGACUCCCAGCAUCCACAAGCACAUUUCGACUGCUUCUGCUUCUGAAAUGCAGUCUAAAAGUUCAACCUUCCUUUCUAAAAAUAGCCUAAUUACUACAGUGCACUCAAGCACAGCUACAAGUUCCUGCACUUCUGUUUCCUCAACCAGCUCCCCCUCUGUCUGUCCUUCCCCUGUCUCUUCUGUUACAACUUUAAAUUCCCCCCUUCCUUCAUCCUCACCUUCUGCAUCUUCUUUGUUGGCAUCAGGUCCUCCAAUCCCCAAGCUUCGUACUUUCAAUCUAGUUUUCAAAGAUAGCAGCAUCAGCAAUAACCAGAUGCUGCCAGAGAUCUGUCUAGUCAGGAGGCCUAAGACCUGCUCAGUGCCAGAAAUGGUCCUCAAUGAGGUUGCUGUAGCAACUAUGCUACCAGCAUCCCCAGCAAAGGAGCUUGAAUCUGCCCCAGAACGGCAAAGCAAUGGUGCCAGUAAAACUGGAGAUGAGAUAUAUACUGGAAACACAAAUAAUCCCACAGAAACAUCACAGCAGAAACUGAAUGUGACUUCCCAAGAGAGAGAGGGUAAAGGAGCUAAUGGAGAGCACGAUGGCAGAGCAGGGUCACAGUCAGUCAUUGAAACCAAACUGCAAACACAGUCAGAUGUUUUUAUUACCGAUACACCCAAAACAGCCAGUCUGAAUAUUAAAGAAAAAACCCCAAAGGAUGCUGACUCCAAGACUUUAUCGUCUGAGACAGAAACAACCAGUGCAGCCAUAGCACAGGCAAAGACCUCAGAAAACACUCCAAACAUUGAAUUUGCUCAAGUACCAAAUGUGACGCAGAACCAAACCCACCUUGGAAGUCAUGAACCUCAGAGAGUAUCGUAUAGUAAACUGACUCCAAAGAAUAUAAAUUUGUUAGAGGCUAUGGACUAUUUUAAUGCCCCAGUACAGUAUACAUCACAGAAACCAUGCACAGCCAUGGACAGUGCUGAUGACAGUAUGCACAUGUCUGUUGCAGAUAAGCUCAGUGAGCUUGGUAACCAGGCACAAGUCAUAUCAGGACACUGCACAAACAGCAUAUUAGAUACUGUGAAUCAUAACAUAGACGGCACCAUUCAAAAACAAACUUGUGAAACGUGUGAAAACACACAAACUCCCAAAAAGUCCCUACAUUUACAGGUUUCCCCCCAAAACAUGUCAGACCUGUUUUCACCCACCUCUGAGCGAGAAUCAUGGUCGCCAACAGCUGUACGAACUCCCAGUCCAGAUGGGUUUCCUCAACGCCCACCUACCCCAGAUUCACGAACAACCACACCUGAUUCACGAUCAUACAUACCAGAGUUUCUUACACCUACAUCGGACAUAAGUGAUGGGUACAUUUCACCAAGAGAGGACUCCACCACCUCUGAAGAGUAUUAUGAAUGUAGUGAAUCUCCCAUUUACGAGCCUGUUUUUGACCCAUGUGAAUAUCAAAACCAGGGGACAAAACAGAAUCAUAUUAGUCUCACACAAGCUAGCACACCCACUACUGCCACUAAUCCUGCAUGCCUCAAUUACAGCCUUGAUGCUGCAACAUUGUACUCUGCAGAUCAGGACACUUCUUGCAGUGAAACACAGACUUUGUCAUGUACUUCUGGAGUCUCAGUCUCUUCUCUAAUUGAGACAAAAGGGCAAAAAAUUGAGAUGGAGGACACUAGUGAAGAAAUUGAAGGAGAGGAGGAUAUAAAUGGAGAAAAACUGAGUCAUGCAAAGAAGAGGACAGAGCAUGAAUCUCAGGGGAUUGAGAGGGCAAGCAGUGAUGAGGCCAGCAGAAUGGUGGAGCAUUUUAAACAAGAAGAUUAUUCAACAGAAACAGCAGUAGAAGGCAGCGAGGCUCAGGCUCUGAAGAGAAAGAGGGUGCAAAACCAGUCAGCACCAGACAGACUGUUUGAUGAAGGAUUGUCUGCUGGAGAAUCAACCUGUCAGGAAACCGAGUUAAAGCAGUUGUCCACUGGGGACUUUAAACCAAAGACGGUUUCCUCUGAGAGCACGAAACCAGACAAAGCACUGAAGGCACUGAACCAGUCAGCACUAAGACCCAGCAAAGUAGAAAGGACAGAGAGCCAGUCAGCCAGAGAGGCAAAGGAACAGAAGCAACUUCAGCAGCAGGAUGUUGGGCCUUCCACAUCUUCCCGACCACUGAGGUCCCCUCGAUCCCGCUCAGCCUCCCAGCUUUUAGGGGAUCGACCUUCUGAAAGCCGUGAGCCGAACCAGACAGAAAGCAAGUUGUUACUCAGUAGUCUCAAGGGUUUGGAUAAUGUAUCAUCUCCUCACAAACCACCAUCCCAGCAAUCCCCUCCGGUGACGGUGGGUGUUGUUCCUCCUGCAGCCGGGCGGAAGCAGAUUUCCCUCAGCCAGCAGAGCUUCAACUCUCAACAGCCUCCAGCAGCACACAUCAGGACAAGAGCUGGCCAGCCACAGAGCCAGGCUCCUUAUCCAAAACCCCAGCCCUCCUUUCUCUACACAUACUCUAACUUGCAGCCUCAGGUCCAUCCUCUUCCUCAAACCCAGAUGGAGUCCACACAAGAAGCACAUGAGCAGGAACAAGGGCGGCUUCCAUUUAACUUGAGUUUUAGCAGACUGUACAGCAUUAAAGGCUCAAAGGACAAAAUGAGCAAGCUGCCAGUACAGAGCAAAAGAGGCAGCCCUCCAAAAAAAGGUCGCAAAAGCUCAAGCUAGUCAAUCUUUGUUACUUUAAAACAUCAGGCCAAAGAUCAUGGAAGCAAAAAUAUGAAACCCCACAUGUCCAAGAUGUUGUUGUUCAUGGGACCAAACAGAGCAUGAAUUUGUGUUUUACUCUUUUGAGUCUAGAAAUUUAGUGUCACUUCUUUCCAUCAGUGGCUGAUUCUAGUAUUAAAGUCCAGCAAACAACUAAGUUUUUUUAAAGGUCAUGAUCACUGACACAUCUAUUAAUUUAUUGUUAACUAGUGGACAAUAAAAUGUGACUAUUCCAUCUCUGUUUGAAACCUGUUUUUGUUAUAACAACAAAAUCAUAAUUUUGCACAUGAUAGACUACUUUAACAUAAACCUUGAGUGCAUAUAGUAUGGAUAAUAGUUGCAUUUGGGUACUAAAGCCAGCACUUUUUUCUGUUUUGAAUUUUGAUCAUUGCUGGAAUUACCUCAGCCUUUCUGUUGUCUUUUCUAUCAUGUUAUCAAUUUUCAGGUGUUGCUCAGCAAAUAUGAAUUAUUGACAAUUUAUCUGUGUCUGUUUUACUGUGUGAGUAACCAAAUUCUUUAAGAGGACUUUUAAUAGCAAAUAUCUUUUAGAAAACUAAAGAAAGGAAAUGUACAUUUAGCAAGCAGGCGAACAUUUAAAUGUUCAAAUUGCUUAAUGUCAGACAAGCCUGGCCUGCUCUCUCUCUCUCUCUUUGUACAUUUAAAAAUGGUUUAUGAUAAAAAAGAAGAAAACAAGACAAAAUGUUCUGUUACUGUUUCUAAUCUGUUGUGUUUUGCUGUUGCUCUUUUAUAUUUAUAAAUUGUGUGUUGUCCAUUCAAAUACUAAAGGAGUCAAGGUACUGAUUUAUGCUUUGUUUACACUAAAACCCAUUUACAUUCACUCAGCUUUUACCCUGAAAGACAAAGUCAUAGUCCCUCUGCUUAAAGCAAAGCAAAAUGAGACCAGCACAAUAAACACCAACAGACUGACUCAUUAUGCUAAAGACAGAUAAAAAAUGUGCUGAGUUUAGGACAGUGCAUGCACAAGAGGCUGUUCCUGAGUUUCUAUGAGGGAAAUUAAAAUGUUGACAUGUGAUUGUUGCAAGACAACUAAACUCAUGAAUGACAGCUUUUAAGUAAGCAGCUGCGGAACAGUUACAAAAGAAAAGAUCUUCAAUCUGUCGUGUCUGAAUGUGUGUUUUUGCCUUUAAACUUGUAAACAUCUGUAGUGUGUCUCAAAGUGUUCAUUUAUAUUACAUUUUCAUGAUCUGGGUAGUCUCCAUCCUGUUUCAGUGUAACCUUUUUUUUCCACUCCUAAGUUUGGUGAAUUAAAUUAUUU